AUGUUGCUGGAUGCGUUUCUGCACCCUUCCAACCAAUUUGCGUAUAUCCAAUUCAGACUGCAAGGUAAGCGCCCUGAUGGUGCGGGGUUCACUGUCGGGAAGAAGCAGGUCCUUUUUGCCAGAAACGUCACGUGGAACUGCUUUUGGGUCUCACCCGAAAACCCCUCACGCCUGCUGCACACGGCAGCAGAUUCGAACUGGCAAGACCGAACAAACAAGGGACGAGGAGAUGACUUCUACCAGUUAAUCGUGGCGAAGUGCGAUGCUGGUAACGUGGCUGCCGGCAGGCUUGAGAAACCUUUGCUGAUGAACAUCACUGCGACAGCUUCGGGCAAGAUUCUGGCACAUUGGGGGAAGAUUCGGGUAUGUCAUGAGCCACUUUCCCCGACUCCGAUUCGCUCGCUCGUCUGCACCGGAACCCUGAGAACAGGAAGCAAUCCGCACUCUGGAGUCGUGUGCGAGCCGAGAAGCAUGGGCCCGUACAUCAAGAAUUGGGUGGAAUACAGCCUGUUCAUCGGCUUCGACAUGGUCUUGAUGUACCUGGAGGACAAGGACUUCUCCCCGAUCGAAGAUAUGCUCUGGCCCUACAUCGACUCCAACAAAUUGGUCCUGUUCAGAUCAUAUCUCGAAGGUAUCACCGGCCAUGGAUGGAGCCCUAUGCUGCUCUACGAGGAGAAUCACUGCUUGUGGAGAGCGAAAGGUUUGGCAAGGUAUGUUGCACACAACGACGUGGACGAGUGGGUGGAUUUGAGUCCCCAGCAUCCUAAUAUCAACACCUACAUGGAUCGGACUAUCGGGAGCCACGACUACAGGGCGAUAUCCAUUCCGGAGAGCCGAUGGAUCGUUCCGGGCCCGAAAGGGUCACGAGGUGCGUAUGACUUUGGCAUCUACCCCUGUGAUGAGAUAUGUACCAGUCUCGAAGGUGGCAGGAACAAGUUGCUGAUGGACACGGAGCGUGUUGAUGGUUACCAGGUACAUGUCAUCUUGGUACCUGUUCAGAACGACACGACCGUCAGGACGCCUCCAAGGGAUGAGAUAAGACUGGUGCAUCUUCGGCUGGCACACCUCACUAAUACUCCGGCAGGUUCGGUCGUCUGCCCCGAGAAUUUCCCUGGCCCGAUGAUGAAUUCCACUUUCGCCAGAUUCGUAAGAGACAGGUGCCGGAUGAUUUUGCCGAAACUGCCCAAGUACAGUGAGCAACCACCAUUUUGGCGCCGGCGACGGCAGGAGCGCAUGCUCCUCGGCCCGUGA